AUGGAUGUUGGGUUGCCAGUCGAUAAAUUAUUGUUGGAGGAAAAUAAUUCGUCAAAGGAGGAAAUCCAAGUAGUACUGGUAUCAACCGGAAGCUUCAAUCCUCCUACAUUCAUGCAUUUACGCCUAUUUGAAUUGGCAAGAGACGCACUUAACUCAAAAGGAUUUCAUGUUGUUGGAGGUUAUAUGUCGCCUGUAAAUGAUGCAUACCAGAAAAAGGGUCUCAUACCCUCUGAACAUCGUAUUGAAAUGUGCCAACUGGCUUGCAAAAGUUCCGACUUUGUAAUGGUGGAUGCCUGGGAGGCAAAACAAAGCUCAUUUCAACGCUCAUUGACUGUGUUGUCAAGAAUCAGAAGCUUUUUUUGUGAUAAUGGGCUGAUACCUAAUGAAUCCCUAAAGGUGAUGCUUGUUUGUGGCUCUGAUCUACUAGAAUCAUUUGGCAUUACUGGAGCUUGGAUACCUGACCAGGUGAGGAGUAUAUGCAGAGACUUUGGUGUAGUUUGUAUCCGCAGAGAAGGUCAAGACAUUGAGACAAUCAUCUCACGUGUUGACAUCUUGACCGAAUACAAGAGUAGCAUCCAAGUUGUUGAUGAAAUAGUACCAAACCGUAUUAGCUCAACUUUAGUAAGAGAUUGUGUUUCACGGGGUUUAUCUGUGAAAUAUUUAACGUCAGAUGAAGUUAUUAGUUACAUUAAACGAAACAAACUGUAUAUCAACCCCAUUGCCUCACAACAACAAAGUUUGUAGCUAAUGAUAUUUAUAAAGGAAUUAUCCAAUAAAACUGUCGACGAUUAUAUUUUUGCUGUAAUAAAAACCUCUGCUCAAUUUAUUUAUGAGCCUUACUGAGUUCAUGUAUAUCAUUUUUGUAAAUCGAUAUUUUUUAAAUGUAUGAGUAAAUCGAGUGAAAUAGACGUAAAGGAAAAAAAAUAGAAACUUGAAAAGUGUUUGUUUAAAUACUUACUUACAAUGGUCGAU